AUGUCCAAUAUCCUUGCUCGCGCACGAUUGCAAGCAUUUCACCUGGCAAAGCCGACUGGGGCCUCUAUAAUAUACCAAGCAUCACAAACGAAAUCACCCCGCUUCAGCUUCUCAACCAUGUCGGACCAGAAAAGCAGUAUCACCGAUUGGGUCAAUCCUGGGGAUAAAUCUGGAGAGUUCAAGAGACAGCAGUCGUCCUUUCGCAAUUUCAUAUCCAAAGAUCCCAAUGCAGAGUUUCCCGCAGAACGGGGCAGAUACCAUUUAUACGUCAGCUAUGCAUGUCCCUGGGCGCAUCGAACCCUCAUUGUUCGCAAGUUGAAAGGUCUCGAAGAUAUCAUCCCCUUCACCAGCGUCCACUGGCACAUGCAAGAGAAAGGCUGGCGCUUCGCGACCGCCGACGAAACCCUUCCCGGCGAAAACGUCACUCCGGACCCCUUACACGCGAACUUCACGCACCUCCGCGACUUAUAUUUCGCGGCCAACCCAGACUACUCCGGACGCUUCACGGUGCCGGCACUCUGGGACACGAAGAAGAAGACCAUUGUGAACAACGAGUCCUCUGAAAUCAUCCGCAUGAUGUACACGGAAUUCGAUGAUUUGCUGCCCGAAGAAUACAAAAAUGUUGUCCUCUUCCCGAAAGAUCUCCAAGAACAAAUCGAAGCCACCAACGCCUGGACCUACGACGAUAUCAACAACGGGGUGUACAAGUCUGGCUUCGCAACGACGCAAGAAGCAUACGAGCGCAAUGUCAUCCAAUUAUUCAAAUCGCUUGACCGCGCCGAAUCCGAGCUCUCGAAAAGCUCUGGACCAUAUUAUUUCGGGGACAAGAUAACAGAGGCAGACGUCAGACUUUAUACGACAAUCGUGCGCUUUGACCCGGUGUACGUGCAGCAUUUCAAAUGUAAUGUCAAGGAUAUACGGAGCGGGUAUCCGCAUUUGCAUAAAUGGCUUAAGAAUCUGUAUUGGAAUGCGCCGGCGUUUGGGAGCACGACGGAAUUCGAACAUAUCAAGAAGCAUUAUACGAAGAGUCAUCGGCAGAUCAACCCGUUUGGGAUCACGCCGGUGGGGCCCGUGCCGGAUAUUUUGAAUCUGGAUGAAGAGGUUGCUGCUGCCACGAAAUAA